AUGGUCAGCAACAAAAGAGACACCAAUCGGUUAAGUAUGAGUUGCUGCCCAAAUACACCCUAUCUAUCUAUCUAUCUAUCUAUCUAUCUAUCUAUCUAUCUAUCUAUCUAUCUAUCUAUCUCAUCUUUUUCCAAUAAUCUAUCUCUCCCUAUCUCUCGCACUGCUGCUGCCCUAUCUAUCUAUCUAUAUAUAUAUAUAUAUAAUCUGCAUGAAGAAAAAAGAAUCCAACCCUUACCAAAACAUCAAGAUUUUGAACACCAACAAAGACUCAUUCUACAAACAAAAUCAGUAAGUCUUCAAAGAGAAAAUUCCCUUCCUCACCCUUCCAGACUCAAAGGAAAUAUUGGUAAAAGUAUACUAAGACUGGAUCUUCCAAAAAACAGUUUGUUAUCCCGGACAGCUGAUUUAAAUGGAUAUCGAAUGCAUGGUAGUGUAUUCAGUGAUAUGGUCAAACGUACCAAGGCAUCAAACAACACCAAAGUUAAUAAUUUCAAAGAAGAGAAGCGGGAUCUUCAAAAUUUUCACAAUUCCACUGAUUCAUUUUCUCUACAUGGAAAGGAUAAUGCUUUGCAUACAGAAGAAUUUCAAAUUGGCCUUAAUUCCACAGAAGCAAAGUUGGUUAAGAGGACUGGGAUGGAUACAUAUUCUUCAAGAAAGAAGACUUGGAAACAUAAGCAUGAGGAACUAAAGUUCCCAAGUCAGCAAGAUGUUGCAGGAAAUAUGGUUCCAAAAAGAAGAAUGGUUAUUCCUGUUACCUUUCAAAAUGUAACAGAAUACAAAAACAUUCUAACCUCUGUGCUAAAAGAGCAUUUGAAUAUUAUUUUAUUUGAGUUAUCCAGCAACUAUCACAAUUCCAUGUCUAAAGCUGAUUUGUCUUCCUACCAACAAUCUUCCAUUUCCAACAAAUAUCCCCUGGCCACAGGAUCUCAACACCAAUAUCCUAAUUGCAACUGUGGCUUGUCCUCAAAAAUGAUACAAGUACGAAAAGAUGGCAAAAAUAAAAAGACACCCAGGACAUCAUCUUCACCACUAACUCCCUUAAGAUUACACUCAUCUAAAUUGUGUGAUGGAAACAGUAUUAAUAUCUACCUUAGACAUUGUCACAUCAUGUUUUAUUGUGAAUCUCUCUUUGUACGGCAGAGCCCUUGGGAGAAGAAAAACAGAAAAUAUCAACAACAAUUUGAGUGUAAAAAGCAGAAAGACCGACUCUACAUCAGAUUAUCUUUCAAAGACUCUUCAGGAUGUUACUCUAAAGAUGAUUUGUGGAUUAUAUCAAAGAAUUUGAAUUUUGAGCCAUCAGCUACAUUCAUUGCCAGAAGUGUAUUCUAUGGACCCAAUUCAAAUUCAGAAAUUCAAAUAGAACCUUUGGCUGGAUAUUUUCCUUCGAACUGGAAUACUGAUACUGUCUGCCAUGCUAUCUUGGCUGGUAAUGUAUCAACAGAGCUCAGUUGUUUGAUGAAUUUACAAGAACAUGUGACUAUUUCCUCUUCUCCAAUUAUAUCAUCCCUACUUCACAGAAAAUAUAUGACAACACAAUGGACCCGGAUGAUGCCUGGAUUUAAGACUCCAUUUCAGUGUCAAAAAUUACCAAAAUAUUCUAGUCAUGAAUUGGCCAGUUUAGCUGAAAAGUAUGUGACAUUUUGGAAGCUAAAUUCUGGUCAGGCUAAAGCCUUGAAAAAUGUUGCCUCAUUGUUGGAUUCUUGUGAGUCAGACAACUCACCUAUAAUCCUGAUCCAUGGUGUAUUUGGAUCUGGCAAAAGUUACCUCCUAGCAAUCAUUGUACUGUAUUUAUUGGAUGUUAUUGAGGUUCACCAAGCAAUGAAAUCAGCAGCUUACAGUAUAAAGGAUGAAAAGAUUUUGAUAUCUUCCACUACAAAUGUUGCUGUGGACAGGAUCCUGCUCUAUUUAUUGGAAUUUGGCUGCAGUGAAUUUAUUCGUGUUGGCAGUGUAAAGAAAAUUGCAAAACCCAUCUUGCCAUUCAGUGUUCAUGCUACAAGUACUGACAACCAUAAUUUGAAAGAACUACAGGAAAUGCUGAAAGAAGAAAAUCUCUCCAAAAUAGAGAAACAAUAUGUAAGAAAAUCAAUUGAAAUGCACAAACUGGGCAUAAAUAAAAAGAAAUUACAUGCUGUCAAAGUCGUUGGUGUGACUUGUGCUUCCUGUUCAUUCACCUGUCUGGAAAAAAUGAAUUUUCCUAUUGCUCUCCUUGAUGAAUGUAGUCAGAUGACAGAACCAGCAUCUUUACUACCAUUGGCAAGAUUUGGCUGUGAAAAGCUACUGCUUGUUGGAGAUCCAAUGCAACUGGAUCCAACUAUUCAGGGCAGUGAAGCAGAAAAUGAAGAUGGACUUGAGCAGUCUUUGUUUGACAGACUUCUAAAAAUGGGUCAUGAAUCGGUUCUUCUACAAAGACAGUAUCGAUGCCAUCCUGCUAUCAGUCACAUUGCUAAUACACUCUUUUAUGGAAGACAACUUGAAGAUGGAAUCAAGGAAAAAGACAGACCAAAACUUGUGCAUGAAUUACCAACUCUAUGUUUCUAUGAUGUCAGUGAGGGCAAAGAAAUCUGUGAAAGCUCAGGUAGUUUUUACAACACAGAGGAAACUGGCUUUGUGAUCAGUAUAAUUUUAGCCCUGCUGUCUUGUGGGGUUGAACCCACAUCAAUUGGUGUCAUUGCUCUGUACAAAUCUCAGACAUAUCAGAUUAACAAAAAGCUGUUAGAAUCUUGGCAGCCUCAAGACAACAAAUUUUUAAAAGGGAAAUCUAUGAAGAGUAUCCAAGUGUCAACUGUUGAUGCUUUCCAAGGAGGAGAACGAGAUGUUAUCAUAUUGUCGUGUGUCAGAACCAGCCACACUGGCUUUGUCAACAACAAUAAACGAAUGAAUGUUGCUCUAACAAGAGCAAGGAACCAUUUGUUUAUAAUUGGUAAAUGUAGUAAUUUGUGCACAGAUGAAACAUGGUCGAAAGUCAUUCAAAUUUGCCAAGAUUCUCCAAAUAGUUUCCAGUCUGCAAAGCAAGCCAAAAUAAAACUACAAGAUUUGUGCAGCCAUGCUCUAAUGACUGUAGAUGGGGAAGAAGAGAAGAGUGUUGGGACAAAAAAAAAAAAACACACCGAAAUGGCACUGUGCUGA